GAAUGAUAAUGCAGUCACUGCUCUUGAAGCAGAACCCUUCCAGAAUUCUUGAGGCAGAUCAGAUGGCUCAUAAUUUCCAAAAAGAUGUUCAAGGACAAAAUUCCCCGAUGACUGGCACCGCAGGAGAAGCACCCGACAUUGCCAACCAAAACGCAAUCAGAUUGUCACAAUGCUCAACCGUACCGCAAUUGACAGCAGAGCUCUUUCCAGUAUUUACAAACGCCAGGUCGCGUACCGGUGAACGAGCCAAGAUGAAAAAUGAUAUCUACAAAACAUUUGGAGACAUAUACGACGACAACCCCGCCCGCCUCACUCACGAUAUCAUCGAAAUUGCAAAGCACACCGUCUCGCAGGAGAGUAUGCACGCAUGGGCUAGCAACCUACGCUUUCUCACUGCCGGGCCUCCUUCAAACUCCAGCAGCGCGUUGGCCGGAGAGGCUUCGAAUGCUAUUCCCUGUGCCUGCGAAGACUGGCCAGCAUUUGAGGCAGAUCAUCAUUAUACGAAAUUACACCUUACCGCUUAUGGUCAGCUCAACACUUGUCCACACUACGUUGCAGUCUCAUACUGCUGGCAGCACGCAAGUAGUAGCUCGGAAGUCAAAGACGGGCCUUACCCAGUAUCUACGACCAGGGGAGUCAGACCCGGACGAGCGCCAGGAGAUGUUGUAAAGCGCGCAGUCAACUUUGCAGCUUCUCGGGGCGUAAAGUUCAUUUGGAUUGACCAGGAGUGUAUAGAGCAGGAUGAUCGGGAGGAUAAAGAGCUCGGGGUGCAGUCCAUGGAUCUGGUUUACCAACGCUCAUUCUACCCUCUCGGCCUUUUUGAGGUCAAAAUCGAAAGGCAAAAUCAAAUGGAUGCCAUGGCACAGGCUAUUGGGCGGCGGAAUCGCGAGGGUGACGAAAAGGGCGUGGGACAAAGACUUGACGUCUUUUUUGAAAACCAAGAGCCUGUUACGGAAGAGGAACUGCGAAGUUUGACAGAGGUUUUCGAGCUCUUGGCUACUGACAGAUGGCUGAGGCGGGCUUGGAUUCUUCAAGAAACGGUGCUAGCUGGUCAUCGAAUGACUUUUAUGAUUCGAUCCAACUCAGGAAUCACAAUCAGAAGUCCAAUCAACCCGAGCGGCAUCAAAGGCGAGAUAUGUUUGUCUAUCUUCGACUUAAAAGGUCUCGAUGGCGCGGGGACCGUUUAUUCUGGACUGGAAUUUACUAUCAGCGACGAAACCAAUGGAUCUCAUACGAUACUAUCAAGCUUGGUACGGAUUGCAAAAGUGGUGACGCCUCGUUUGGUUGUAGGAUGGAGGCUUUGGGAUGCGUACAGUCAUGCCAACAACGCCAUUGGAGCAAUAGUCCUACUCGAAACAUAUAUGAAUAGCCGAAUUCCUGACCGGCUUGCUAUCAUUGCAAAUCUUUGCAAUUAUCGCAAACGUCUAAGUACGACUGCAUUGGAUGAACUUGAGUUUGACUUCAGUGUAUGUCUCCUUACCCUUGCUCUGCUUAACGGCGACUUUUCCAUUUUGCGUUUAUGGCACGAGAUAUCACAUAACAUAGAGUUUCCUGCCUUCAAAUGGAAGAGGCAAUCCGAUCCACCUACACUGAAGCUUCUCAACAGCGAUCAACAUUGGAAAGCAUUCUCCUGGGCGCCCUCUCCUACAGCUCGUAUCGCACCACCAGACGUGUACUUAUUCAAGGAUGAAUUCAGCCUAAGAUUACGUUUAUUUUCCGACCCAGCAUUGCGACUGUCCGAGGCUAAAAUUCGAACCACCGGCCUGCAAUUUAUGGGCUGGUUGUGGACUACCGACAAUAUUAUCGAUUUUGAGGAUCUUAUGUCGUACUAUAUCAAUAGUUUCAUCAAUGCAGUCGACGAUGCGCCAGAUCUCAAUUCGGGGUUUAUGAGAUGGACCGAAGGUGCUGGAUUUAUGUGGAAAUUCUUCCAAGCCUUGGUCCAGCUUAAACUCUAUGAUCUAGCAGAACUCAUAUGGUCUCAAGCGGUAGUAGAUCAUUUGCAUGUGGAAACCUCCUCCAAUAAGAAUGCCUCGAAUGAAGCCCCCGUUAAGAAAUUCCACCUCAAAGGCCUGAAAUUUGAGGGAGGACGUCCUUUACUGAGCGAUAUGUUCGAUUAUGACUCCGGAUUUUACAUAGGCUAUGAGUCUUGUUGGCAUCUGAGCAUUUUGGAUUUCAUUGCGAUUAUGAGGACUUUACUACGUCGUGAGCUUGAGUGGAAUUGGAUCAUUCCGGAGAUCAUCGCCACAGGAUCUCUUUGGUAUGGAACACUUGAAACAAGUUCGGAUACAUGUUCCAGAGCAAUCGGAGUGUUCGAGCCAAUUGACAAAGGACACGUCCUGACGCCAGUUCUGAACACCGAUAUGAGAGCUGACAUAACGAACAUGUUUCUAAAAUCUUAUCGGCCAAGACCCCACUCAUGGGGGGUUGAAAGGAUAGGCGAUGACGGUGAUGGUUCUGUGUUGUGCCAUGGUAACGGUAUGAUAAGAGGAAUUUAUAAGACGUAUGGUGAAAAGAGUCAGAGAUACACUUUGGAUUGAAACCAGACUUUAUUUUAUUUUUACGGGACCAUAAGAGUUUCUUUAGGCUAUUUUCAUCUAAAAGUACCUUGAGCCAGUUAUGUUUCAUUCUUGGUCAUUUUACGAUAGAUACCAUUUAGGCAAGGAGAUAAUACUCCUGGCUCCUUAUCUUCGUUGUCCUCCCCCAUCUACUACCUCCUGCAUUGUAGCGGGAUGUGUCGUCCGGUGGGCCGCGUACUUUGACGAGAGAGGCGACAGGAAGCGGCCCCCAAUAUUGCGUUGAUGUCUCCUACGUUCCGAGUCCCAAAGGAUUCAUGGAACUACUAGUCGUGUGCUAUCUGUGUUUUUGUUGCGGAUCCGGGUGACAUUUAAUAGCAAGGAGCAGCAAUUUCCACUAAUUACUAUCCACAAUCA